CGCCGGAGGGUGGGGGGCGGGGGGAGCCGCGCCGUCCGCUUCCGCCGCCCCGCCGGGGAUUCCCCCAGCCCAGCGCCCGGGGAAAUCCCGGUGCGCGCGGGUACAAAGAGAGCGGCGCCGCGGAGCGCGCCACAGGCCGGCCGUCUCCAGCCAUGUCGCGCGGCCUCCGGCUCCUGCUCCUGAGCUGCGCCUGCAGCCUGGCGCCCGCGGCGCGGGUGGUGAAGGUGGCUUGUUCCGAGGACGUGGACUUGCCGUGCACCGCCCACUGGGACCCGCAGGUCCCCUACACGGUCUUCUGGACCAAGCUUGCAGACGACGGCGAGGAAAGGAUAGAGAUGCCCCCGGAGGGUCUGUGGUACCACCAGCAGAAGGAUGGCUCCUUAGAAGCCUCCGGUGAAAGGCUGUACUCCCUGAAGAUUGAAAACACUACCAGUGUCGACUCAGGGACAUACAGGUGCAUCCUGGAGGAGCCAGAAGGGCGGAGAAACCAAAGCGGCACUGUGACCUUGAAAGUGACAGGAUGCCCUAAGGAACGCAAAGAAGACACUUUUCAGAAAUACAGAGCCGAGAUUGUACUGCUGUUGGCUCUGGUCGUUUUCUACUUAACACUCAUUAUUUUCACUUGUUUUGCACAACAACAGAGUAUUUUUCCAGAUUUUUCUAAACCGGGCACGCAACGAGCUUUCCUCCCAGUCGUCUCCCCAGAUAAGCAUUUGGAGCCAGCGACUCUUCACAAGACGGAACUGGUAUGAGCAGGAUUUCUGCAGGUGGUUUUCUCUAAAGUCGAAGAAAGCUCAGCGGUGUGCCCGGAUGUCACGCUGGACAAAAGCGGAGUGAGCCCCACACCGAAGAGGGCGUCCUUCCCGGGAGGUCCUUCCGGAAACUGCAGGUCACAGCCCGCUCUUUGUGAGCAGGACUUUGGGAACCGGUACAGGACCACGAAGCAUGGGGCCGCCUGCAGGGAAGCUCUCUGCUUCUUCACAGCUAACUUCUUAGCAUUUUAUUCAGCUCUCUGGUCAACCCCCCGGAACUCUUUUCAGUCCCACACAAGCUAUGGCGAGACGCAGCUGGAAGAGGGUCUUGGGAAAUACGGACGCCCAGAGCCGGCCCUGUGACAGACUCUUGAGGACCGUGGUCUUCUUCACAUCUGGAAACAUCUCUCUCUGAGUUUACUGUGUUGUCUUGUGCUAGCCCAGAUGUUUUAUGUCUGGGAGAAGUUGACGGGCCAAACUGUGAGACAGCGGGGGAUAUUUAGCGAAUCAUGUCCCGGUGUGAAGGCCCUGCUAUUACUAAGGAGUGUUGUGUGUACCUAGAAGUAACAAGUUGAUGAGCUGUUCCCCACUGGAGCCUUUUCAUCCGGAAAGACCCACGUAAAGAAGCAAUAAAGAAGAUGCCACAUUUGUUUUGAUAUCCGUAGAUUCCUGCCAAAGAAGGACUGGUUUUUUUCUCUCCUUUUGAAAUCUGGGUCUACGGUUAGAUAUCAAGGCUCACAGCACAAGUAACCUCAGUAUGGAGAGAACGAAGUCAUAGAGGAUGACCCCAGGAUCGUGAGCUAUUUGAGGCCCUGACGAAAAUGCCGGACAAAUCAUGCCAUCUGGGUUCCAACCCCAGGUGUCCCACUGCCAAGCUGUAUGAUCUUGAGCAGGGUCUUUGUGAUUUCUCUUUUCUCAGUCGUAAACCAGAAGGUGGUUGUAUGAGUUGAUUGUGACAGUGUAUGUGAAAAUGCUUUGAAAAAGCAUAAAGCACCAUAAAAAUUUGAA